UAAGGCGACAAAGAGACACCCAUAUAGUUCUCUAGUAGAAUCAAAUAUAACCUAUAAAACUUAAUUCAAAGGGAAAAAAUUUUGUCCGCUAUUACAAACGAUGCAACGUAUUGAAACAUUGUGGAAACAAUUACGUUUGAUCGAUGCCUUCGGAACGAAACGAACGUCUAUAAAAUUGUUCAGUACCGAGAAACCACCGGACGACAACAUCAAAAAAGCUAAGGACGUGAAUACCGAGAUCAAAGAAAUAAAACCACACGAAGCUACUGAGAAUAAAUUUUCGAGUGAAAAGGUAAAAAAUGAGUCUGACGAAUCGAUUGAAAAUCUAUCGUCCAUAUCGACCUCCGAUAUCGAAUCGAAUAGAAUGGAGUCCGACGAGGAUUUAACACAGCCAGAAGUAAAGCUGAGCGGAUUUGCGGAAACGUUUAAAAAGUUUUCACAAAUCGACGAACCUAAAGAAUCUGAAAAACUUGUCACAUUCGCUACCUUACUGCGUCGUUCGGAGUUUAUGAACUUGGGAGAUCCGGAAGGGAAAAGGGUCGUAGGAAAAAUAUUUAAAACUGUAAACAACGAUUUGUACAUAGAUUUUGGAUGGAAAUUUCAUUGCGUAUGUCAUAGACCUUUAAAAAAUGGAGAAUUUUACGUUAGAGGCUCAUCGGUAAUUUUAAAGAUAAAGGAUCUGGAAUUGUCUAAGAGGUUCCUGGGCUCGACCAAGGAUACUACUAUUUUAGAAGCAGAUUGUAUACUUUUAGGUUUGUUACAUUCUCCAUUAAAAAGAAUUAAUACUCGAUCAGAAAUUUCCCAAGUUCAACAAUAACUUGAUGUCGGUUAAUUAUUGUAUUAUCAAAGAGAUACUGUAAGAUUAAAAAAAGAUUAAAAAAAUGUUUCUAUGAUUCAA